AUGCCACGCGCCAAACAAGGUCCUCGCAAGUCCCUCGGCGGCGGAGCGAUCGUGAAACAGGCUCCUAAACAUGAAGUUCUUCAUUUCAAAGACCAUGCUGGCCAGAGCUACUCAGUGCGCCCUACCUUUCCACGAGCGACGAAAGCGGUGCCCAAAUUGGGUCUACAACUCUACCUCCUUGGAAGUCGCACUGAACCUGCCGUCCAAGAGCUAGCGAGAAGAUUUCUUGGCUGCGAGGCCAUUCAUGGCUGGCGGGGAAUGCAUUGGCCACGUGUUGACGCGUAUUCCGGCUUUGAGACAGUCGAGAGUUGCAUCGAACACCAUCGUCGAGAGAAAACUUUCCGAAAGAGCGCCAUCAAAGAGAUGAAACGGAGCGAAACCGCAGGUCUCUCGGAGGAAGAUGCUGCCGAGAAGCUGAGGACCAAGAUCCGCGGAAGGGAGCCCCUCCCGCAUAUUGUCCCAACCUGGUGCCCAUCAGAAGCCUUUUGGAACGAAAUUGAAUUUAAGCAUCGUUACCGGUCUUGGAUUAUUAUCAUUCCAGAGGACCGCCUAUCAUGGGAAGAUGUGAUGGAAAAGGGUCUUCUCUCUGUGCGCUUUGACCUUGAUGUCACACCGGCAAUGCAUACCUUUUGCUGGGAUGGACAAUAUAACGAACCAUGUGAACUUCCAGGAGACAACGUUGCAUGGGUGCUUGUGCAGAAAACUGGCUUGGACUUGUGCAAGCCCGUGGAUUGUAAGCUUUUAUGUGCCAGAGACCAACCGAACCGUGGCUUUCUCGAUCCCGACGUGGAUCCCGAGGAGCACAUGAGGAUCGCUUACGGAUGGCACACUCCUGGCACCAAUGGAAGACUGUUUGAUGAAUGGUCAGACUCGACUGAAUGGUUUCGGGACUGUGCCUAUAGUUCGAAUUGCGAUGCUUGCAAUGAUGGGGAGCCUCAUGACAUUUGUGAUGAUGAGUUGAAUGAGCAUUAUUUUGACGACGACGGGCUGUGUAUUGCGUGCCGAAGGUGA